AUGGCUGCCAUAGAAAGGGAGAAUGUGGACACUGCUAAACAUGUCCAGGAUCAUCAAAUUUCAGGUCGUCUACAGCCUGGCAGUUCUGACAGUACCAAAACAAGCACAGAAGAUAAAGAACAAGAACAAAAUACUGCUGAAGCUGUGCGGUGGGACCUGGUAAUGGAAAACUACAGUACACAGCAAGAGCUGUGGCCACAAAGUGGGCAGCACAUUUUGGCACAUUUCGAUGAUGUAUCUGUGGUUGUCUACCAGGCGUUCAAACCGUCCAUUGCAGAGUUUGCUGUCCAAAACCAAAGAUUUGGGGGCCCUCAUUUUAGUUUUGAACGAAUGACCUGGAUCAAAACAAGCUUCAUGUGGAUGAUGUACAGAUGUGGCUGGGCACAAAAGACCAAUCAGGAAAGAGUUUUGGCUGUACGGCUAAAAAGAGAUGGAUUUGAAGAUAUUUUAUCAAAAGCAAUUACAGGACAGAAACAACAGGCACAGAAACUAGAGAAGAAAGAUUUCACAGUACGUCUGCAGUGGGACCCAGACCAUGGUCCCAUGGGAGAAAAGCUCCAGCGUAGGGCAAUUCAGCUUGGUAUCAAGGGCAAGACUUUGAUUGAUUACGCUACAACUUACAUCCUCAAUAUCAAGGACAUCACAGACUUUGUACAUGAACAGUACAACAUUUUAGAGACACAGGGCCAGCAGGCAAUACUGACUCCUCGUGAGAGAGUCUACACACCCAGCAAUAGUCAGAUAUGUCAGCAGCUUGACCUGGCUUGUUGUUUUGAACAGACUGUAGUGUCUCUUGGUCACUGA